GGCGCCCAUCGCCAGGGGGGCUCUUCUCGCCCGCGCGCGGGAAGGCCCCCCCGCCCUCGGGGGGUGGCGGCGGAGGGGGCGGCGGAAGCCCUAUCCUCUCCCUCCUGGUCAAGGCGACAGGGCGUCCUGCCACAGCUGCCCUCUGCGUCGCUCCCCCUUGCGGAGCAGACCCCCCCCCUGGCCGGCGCGAUGGCGCAGUACGGCAAGGCGGAGUAUUGGGAGGAGCGCUAUACGCGGGACCCCGAGCCCUUCGACUGGUACCAGCGCUGGGCGGGCCUGAAGGACACGCUCCUGGAGUACGUGCAGCCCAGCAGCAGCAUCCUGAUGCUCGGCGCCGGGAACUCGCGCCUCAGCGAGGAGAUGUACGAAGAGGGCUUCCAAAACAUCACGAACAUCGACAUCUCCAGCGUGGUGGUGAAGGCGAUGCAGGACAAGUACCGCGACAAGCCGGGCAUGACCUACGUCCAGAUGGACGGCCGAGCGAUGGAGUUGCCCGACCAGAAUUUUAACGUGGUUGUCGACAAGGCGACUCUGGACUCGAUCCUGUGCGGGGAGGGAUCCACCCACAAUGCUCAGAAGCUGCUCCAGGAGGUGUCGCGGGUGCUGCAGGCUAACGGCGUCUACGUCGCCGUGUCGCACGGACAGCCGUCUUACCGCCUCACGUACCUGCAGCGGCCUGAGUUCGGUUGGAACGUGAAGAUCUACACCGUGCAGAAGCCGAUGAUGGGCAUGACGGCGUCGUUGUCGUCCGACGACAAGGACAACGUCCACUACGUCUACGUCUGUGUCAAGGGCGAGCCGGCGCCCAAGGGCGACGGGCAGUGAGCGGCCGUCCGCACGCCCCGCGCCGAUCCUAUUCUGAGCCUUGCUCUGCGCCCGCGCGGCCCGAGGCCUGCGGCCGCCCACCGGUGGCUCCAGGACCCCGUCUCUGGGCCGCCGAGCCCGUGCGCGCAGCCGUUUUGGGCGCGCUGGGCCCGACUGCUCGCACGACGUGGCGGGCGCGUCGGCGGGCGGCCCGCGGCCCGCCGAGGGCGGCGGGAUCCACUGCCGCGCCGCGCUCGGCGGCCGUCGAGGAACAAAACUCCCCACCGUAACCUUCCGACGCUCCGGGCGGAUUUCGUGGCUCGGCGCUGGGCCCCCCCUGGCGGCGCCUCCGGCGCCGCCCUCGGCGCGCUCCGCGCAUCCGAGGAAGCCGCGCGGAGGUCCUGAGGCUUCGUGUUUACGCCAUUGUGUCUUAUUCUAGGCUGCGACUCGCCGACGUGGCAGCACGUGGUGUCCAGCGACGGUGAAGGAAGACGCCGGCCGCUGCGACGCCUGGUCGCACAGGGGCGGCCGGCGCACGGCAGAGACGGCGGCAUGCUUGAAUUAUGAUAUACUUGCUUGCUGGGCACGCGGACGAGAA